AUGACCAACCCGACGCCGGCAGAGCGCGCGGGCGUGCUGACGGGCCCGGCCGUGACCGACGCCGCGCCGGUGCCGACGCCGCAGACGGCCGAGCGGCCCAAGAGUAAGUGCGAGGUGGGCUGGCGGCGCAUCGUCCGCAACUUUACGCCAUCCUGGUUCGCCGUCAACAUGGGCACGGGCAUCGUGUCGGUGCUGCUGCACAACCUGCCGUACACGGCGGCGUGGGUGCGGUACGCGUCGUACGCCUUCUUCUGCGCAAACGCGGGCCUGUUCGCCGCCUUUGUGGCCGUGUCGGCGCUGCGCUAUGCGCUGUACCCGGAGCUGUGGUGGGCCAUGGUCGCGCACCCGGCGCAGUCGCUGUUCCUGGGCUGCGUGCCCAUGGGCCUUGCGACCAUCAUCAACAUGAUGAUCCUCAGCUGCGCCCACUGGGGCCCCUGGCUCGUCCACGUCGCCUGGGCCUUUUGGUGGGCCGACGUGCUCCUCUCCAUGGCCACGUGCAUCAGCAUGCCCUUUGUCGUCAUGCACCGCCACAAGCCCGGGCUACAGACGACGACGGCCGCGCUGCUGCUCCCCGUGGUCCCCGCCGUCGUCGCCUCGGCCACGGGCGGCCUGGUCGCCGACGCCCUGCUCGCCGCCGCCCAGCCGCGCCGCGCCGCCCUGACCCUCGUCGCCUCGUACGUCCUGUGGGGGCUCGGCCAGGCCCUGUCCGCCUGCGUCCUCGCCCUCUACUUCCACCGCCUGACGGUCCACUCGCUGCCGCCCCGCGAGGCCAUUGUCUCCGUCUUCCUCCCCGUCGGGCCCUUUGGCCAGGGCGGCUUCGCCAUCCAGCAGCUCGGCCGCGUCGCCCUGGCCCUCGCCCGUCUCCCUGAUGCCCCGCCGCUCUGCUUCGGCGGCCCCGGCGGCCUCGACCCGGAGCGUGCCGCAGAGGUCCUCUGCGUCCUCGGCGUCUUCCUCGGCCUCGUCAUGUGGGGGUUCGCCCUCGUCUGGGUCUGCUUUGCCCUCAUCAGCCUCGCCACCACCCAUCGCUUCCCCUUCAACAUGGGCUGGUGGGGCUUCACCUUUCCCCUCGGCGUCUGGGCGACGUGCACCGGCAUGCUGGCCACCAACCUCGAUAGCGGAUUCUUCAAAAUUGCCACAACGGUCAUUUCCCUCUCUGUCUUCCUCCUCUGGCUCAUGGUUGCAUCCCGGACGCUGCAUCUCGCCCUGACCGGAGACAUCUUUUUCGCCCCCUGUCUCAAGGACCUGCGAGACAAGGAGCAGACCAGCGGCUGCGACAAGGAGGUCUAG